AUGAAGCAGAAAGAGCAGUAUUUACCAGAAAGAGAAGAGACAGCAUUUGCAGUCCCACAAUCAACAAACCUAUGCCACAUUGACUCUGAGAAUGAGAAUUUUCCUAAGACCACGCAGCUAGUAUUCAACUGUGAGUUUCAAGAGAAAGCUUACCAGAGGGACUCCUGGAUAGAGAAUCAGGUAGAAACUGAGUACCUCGCGAGUGAACCAAAAGCAGAACAAAAAAGAUCAGAAAACCAAAUACAUGCUCAAUUUUCACUUUGGGUCAGGGUAAGACCAGGGUUGAGUCAACAACCAGCACAAGAUGGGGCCGGCCUCCAGGAGGCAUUGCAUGACAAGAUGUCUAAUCUGGUGGGGUUCCUGCUCCUCAAGUACCGCACUAAGCAGCUGACCACAAAGGAAGUGAUUCUGAGAACCAUCCUCAACAAUGAUGAGGAGAAUUUCUCUUUCAUUCUAAGCCAGGUGUCUGAGUGCCUGCAGCUGGUGUUUGGCAUCGAUGUGAAGGAAAUCAACCCCCAAAUCCAUAGCUAUGUGUUGGUCACCACCCUGGGCCUCACUUAUGAUGGCAUGGUGGGCCCUCAGCAAACCAUGCCCAAUACCGGCCUGCUGGUGAUGGUCCUGGGGGUCAUCCUUCUGGAGGAUGAUUGUGCCUCUGAGCAGACUAUCUGGGAACAAUUAGCUUUGAUGGGAGUUUAUCCGGGGAGGAAGCACUUCAUUUAUGGGGAGCCCAGGGAGCUCCUCACCAAUGUGUGGGUGCAGAACCAGUAUCUGGAUUACAGGCGGGAGCCUGGGAGUUACCCAGCCCGCUACCAGUUCCUCUGGGGCCUCAGGGCCCACGCAGAAACUAGCAAGGUAGAAGUCAUGGAGUUUUUGCUCAAUAUCAUUAACAGUGAUAAUAGGCCCCUCACGUUCUUAACUGAUCGGCCUCUUUGCAAAGAUGAGGACGAAGUGGCCUGA